AUGGCCGUAACGACUGAACAGCCAACUGUUGAUGCUACCAAGACUGCCGAGCAUCCUACAGUUGAGAAGGAGCUCGUUGAAGACAACAAGGUGUUUGUCGGAAACCUGCCAUUCAAGACUACUCAAGAAGCGCUGAUCAAGUUUUUCGAAAGCGCUGGCAAGGUUACUGAAGCGACCAUUAUCAAGCACGGCCGCCGUUCUCUUGGCUAUGGAUUUGUUGGAUUUGAAACUGCAGCCGAGGCUGAAAAGGCGAGAAAGGAGCUGAACAAAAAGGAGCUUGAGGGUCGUGAGGUGAAUGUCGAGGUGGCAAAACCAAAGACCCAUGUCGACAAGAAGCCUGAGACAUCUAGUGACAAUGAAUCAGCUCUUCCUCGUGCUCGCAAGUCGCGCCGUCGAGUCACUCGUCGUCGUAACAACAAAAAGAAGAAGGCUGCUGCUGCUGCCUCUGAGCAACAAGACCAAACCGAUGCAUCGGCUACUAAAAAGGAAGAUGGUGAUGCUGCUGCUACCAAGGAAGCCAAGACAAAGGAGGUGUCAUCAUCAUCAGCCAAGGAAAGUGAUGCCGCUGGCACCACUGAGGAUACUACUGCUUCCACCAAAAAGAAGAAUCGUAACCGUCGUAAGCGUGCUGCAAAGGCUAAGCGCACUGAGCCAUCCAAGACCACUGUAUUUGUAGCCAACUUGCCUUAUGCUACUACGGAUGAAGGUUUGGCUGAAGUUUUCAAAAACUACAAGUUCAACUCUGCCCAAGUUGCUCGUAUGAAGAGUGGCCGUUCCAAGGGUUAUGGUUUUGUGGAGUUGGUCUCGGAAGAAGAACAAAAGCGUGCUCUUGACAAUAUCAAGGAUGUGGAAUUGGAAGGUCGUGCUAUUUACCUAAAGAUUGCCAUGUCUGAACGUGUUGAGCCUGAGGAAGAGACUACCAAGGAGGAUGCCACUGAAAAGAAGAAUGAUGACAAGAAGGAGGCUGAAAAGAAGGAAGCUGAGAAGCAACCUGCUGCUGCUGAAAAGAAGGAUGCUGUUGCAAAGCCUGUUGAAAAGAAGGAAGCUGAGAAGCCUGCUGCUGCUGAAAAGAAGGAUGCCGCUGCAAAGCCUGUUGAGAAGAAGGAAGCUGAGAAGCCUGUUGCUGAAAAGAAGGAUGCCGCUGCUGCAAAGCCUGCUGACAAGCCUGCUGAAAAGAAGGAGGUUAAUGGUGACAAGAAGGCUGCUCCUGCUACCAAGACCACUGAAAAGCCUGCUGCUGCUGCUGCUGCCCCUGCUGAAAAGAAGAAGGAUGCUGCUGCUGCUGCUGCUAAGGCUCCUGAAAAGAAAUAA